CCAUACCGUUGGCGCUACAGAUUAGAUACCACGUUUCUUACCGCGUACAAGCGAAAGCAGCUAGUCCCGUGACCCACAGAUGCGACACCUAAUAAUAAUCUGCUCGGUUUCAAGCCGCUGUAACAUCGACAAGCGGUCAAAGGAGGUGCGAAAAGAUUCAUGUAGGUAGUACUAGGAGUAAGCGUCCAUCACUAAACACGUAUUGCGUGCUGCAGCCUGCGUCGUCCCGCGCAUGGUAAAGCAACGGCGAAGCUUUGUCGUCAUCAACGGAAGGAAUGAGUUUAGAUGAAGUUGCUCUAAGCGCUCAGCGGACCGUCGUGACGGCUCGGAACGCUCUUAGCCCCAAACGACGUCCCGUUACUCCACAAGAAUUGCCACAGCCGCAGCGGAUUCGUAAGAUCGCCUCAAAACCGCCUCCACGCAGGUCAUCGGACAGACUGGGCGCCCUGUUCAAGCAUUCACCAGGCCGGGCAAUCCGUCGCCUCGUCAAACGUGCGGGUCCGGGAAGUGGGGCAUCCCCAUUCUGGCAGUUGGCUGCAGUGGGCACUGGCGGCAUUUUCGUAGAUCCGAGAGCGGGCCAAACAGCGAGACCAGGGCGCCUGAAGUAAAAUAAGGAGUGGCCGGCCCGCCCCCACGCUAAGCGAUG